AUGGUUGCUACAGCAAUCACCGAGUUGAAGGACCGCAAUGGCUCCUCGCUGCAAGCAAUAAAGAAGUAUAUCGCUACAAAUUUACAUCUUCGUGUUGCCUUCGUGUGUGGUUCGGGCGCUAUCCUUUGUGGUCUAGUCUUGAUCGGUGUAGGGGCUUACGUGACGGUCAAUUACAAUGACUACCAGGACCUGUUCGCCGACGACACGAUGCUAACCGUCUCAUGGACCGCCAUUAGUAUCGGUCUCUUCAUCUUCGUCGUCGGAUUCUCGGGAUGUUGCGGCACCCUGAAAGAAAGCUCGUGUCUUCUUAAACUGAUUGCGAACAAUAUGACGAAGGGCAUGCAGAAAGCUAUAAAUGAGACCUAUGGUGUGAAAGAUGGUACAACCAAAGCCGUAGAUGACGUUCAGGAUACGUUCGAGUGUUGCGGUGCAUCUUGGUACAAGGACUACAAGACCUCUCAGCAUCUUCAGCCGGGGUUUGCUGUACCCCCAUCGUGCUGUAGACAUGGUGAAGAAUGUACUGGUGGAUCCAAGGGAAAUCCCGACUACCCAAAUCGAGUCUGGACAGAUGUAAGUUGA